CAGUGGGAUGAACGAAGUGCACAGUUGAAGAGGCGAGCAGGAGGAUGUUGAUGUUGCUGAGUGGACCGACUCGCCCGGCUGCUCUCGACUGAUCCAGCCUGACGGACGGGAGUGUGAGCGUCACUGAGCCCAGGCGGAGCCGCGGGUUGAUAUCUCCAGCACCCUUUCCACCUGCUGGUGUGGUCACGCGCCGCUGUCUUGAUGCUGUGAGCGGACUUGUGCGACACCCGCGUGGCGCUGCUGCUGAAGUUGGAGACGUGAGCUCCAAAUGCCUUCGCUGCUGAGACGGGAGAGAAAAGAGAAACCAGCGGAAGCAGCCGAAUUCCGGGUCGACGUGGGUGUGGAACUGGGCUCCGUGGCCCAAGCCGCCAGCAUGUUCAGCUGCGUGGGCUGCUUCUGGGUGCUGCUGUCCACGGCUCUGGUGGCCGUGUGUAGCUUCAGCUGCAUGUCUCCUGCCUGGAUCGUAGCGGACCAGUUGCGGAACCACCACCUCCAUCAUCAUCAUCAGCAGCAGCAGCAUCGUCAUCAUGCCGGCAGUAAGGAGUCCAUCAACUUCGGCUUGCUGUGGCACUGCUCCGAGUCCCUGGACCACAUGUACCGGUGCUACACGUUUGGAGGAGCGGGGAAAUUCACCGAGAUCCCCUCCAGCUCCUGGCAGGCCAGUGCUGUCCUGUGUUGUGGAGGCUGUGCUCUGCUGGCGGUCAGCUCCCUGUUGGCCAUUAUCACCAUCUUCCUGCCAAGUGGAGGAUGUGAGCGCAAGGUGUGCACCUUGGCCGGAUACAUGCAAAUGGCCUCAGUGUUCAUCAUGGCUGCUGGACUGCUGGUCUAUCCCUUCGGCCUUAAUUCAUCAGUAGUCAGGUCCUUUUGUGGAAACUCUGAUAUCUACUAUGCUGGGGAUUGUCAGAUUGGCUGGGGAUACAUGCUGGCCAUCGUUGGAGUUAUGCUCACCAUUUUCCUGCCCUUUUUCGCCAAAUAUGCACCAAAGGAGCAGCUGUCGCCCACCCCUUUACCCACUCUGUUAUAGAAGCCCUGUUCUUGGCCGGAUUUCAUGGAUGAAUCUUCUUUUUACGCUAUGAACAAGUCUUCCUUCCAUCACAUGACAGAACGAUAAUCUGCGGAAUUUUGUUUUUAUUUCUAUUUGUUUUUAAUUUCUUUGCUUAUGAAGUGGCUGCUCUGGGGGGAUGCAGUCGUUCCUUUAUGACACUAGUUCAGUUUGGACUUUUCUCAGUUUUGGGAGGAAAAUCAAUUUGUUUGAGAAAUGGUGAUAUUGAAUUCUGAGACAUAAAUUACUCAAGUGAAUACACAUUUGAGACAUUAAAUAUAUCUUAAUAAGAAGACACUCGUGACUCAGAUUGAAUCAUGUUUAAAUGUAAAUACGACCUAAACCUGAAAGCUGUGGAAGUACAACGUCACUGCCAACGGAAUUCUGCAGUUAGGGUUAUUUUGUCUUUGGACCUUUUGAGACGUGGAUGUGUGACUUGACACAGCAAAAGGCAAGAGGAAGAAAAUAAUUCAUUAUUUUAAAGAAAAGUUUGAUAAAUGAUGUUUGUCAAUGUUUGUAUGUAUUUUUGUCAGGUGGACAAUCAGAGCCACUGAAGGAAAAUGCCAAGUGAACAAAAACAACAAAAAUGGCUUUGUUCCCUUUUCUGGAAAUCACUGAGCAGGAUUUUCUUCCACUAUCUUUUUCCUCAUGGCAAUUCAAAUUCCCCCCAGAUAUGCUGAAUAAGCCAUGAGACUAUUAAGUCAAUUUUUGCCAGCAAAAAAACAACAAAACUAUAUUCAGGACUAUGAAAAUAUGUAAAAUUGUGCAUGGUAAUGAAAUUCUGUCAAAUACAAGAAAAUAUGGGCUUUGUUUACGGUUGACAUGACCAACGUGUGCCUUCAAAAGUGUCAAAUAUGAUUUUCAGGUUCUCAUCCUUUUCAGCUGAAAAAUUGUGGGUUCUGUUGUGAGAUGUGAUGUAAUUGUUGUCCAGUGGGAUUUCAUUAAAAUCAAUAGGAAAGGAGAGGAGACUAUUUAUUUUCAUUUUUUAAGUGUGAACUAAGGAAUUUGAAUCCCCCUCUGUGUAAUAUGUCGUUUUUUUGUUGUUUUUUUAAAAGAUGUACAAAACCAAAACUUAGUCUGUGUGAGACAUCACUUCUUUUGAGUCUGUAUAAUGUAACUUUAAAUAAUUUGUGAAAGUAUGCUUUUGUCACUGCUUGCAUUAGUUAAAAUGCUGACUCCACCUUACAUAACCUCCGGUCCGUUUAUCCGUCCUGCCAAUUUCUCCAAGCUGAAACCUUUUUGUGAAAGUUAGAUGUUUAAGUGUUGAAUUGUUGUUAGUUUAUGCUAACAGGUCUGUCUAAACAAUUGUAGGAAGUGACUUUUAAAGUCUCUCAUUCACGAGUGUGAAUUUGCAAUUCAAAGACAGUUCGGUAAAUAAAUAGGUCCGACCUUAAGUGUUGGAACCGGUGACAUUCCUUCCGAAGAGUAGAUUAUUUGGUUUUCAUCUUGAAGUUUGACUUGUCAUUGAACAAGCUGUAGUUGAUAUUGAAAAAUGUCUGUUUUUUCAAUGGAACAUUUUGAUAUUACCUCAUUGUGUCUGCUCUACCUAAAUUAACUCAUGAAAUCUGUUUUGUGAAUUUUUAUUCUUAAUAAAAUAUUUCAUGGACCAUAAACAGGUGCUUUUUUUAA